GAGAGAGAGAGAGAGCAGACUUUUUUUUUAGAAGCUUUAAGACUUUGUGUUUUUAUGGGUCACUCCCUGCCAUGUGGUGCACGAACAUGACGGAGAAACACCAGGAAGCUGAGCUCCAUUGAAAGUAAAUGUUGGAGAGAGACCCCGAUUUGUUGGUGUGAAGCGUUCUGGGAAGACGAGACAUGGGAUCCCCACCGGUGCUCCACACACUGAGCUUCAUCACCUUUAUCAUCCUCAUCAUCUCCUUCACCCUGCAGCAUGGCUUGGUGCAGGCUGACGACGUGCUGACGAAGGAAGAACAGCUGUACCUCAUCAUCAAUGCUAGGAACAAGUGUGAGAGCUCCAUAAAGUCCGGACACAAAACAGCGAGUGCCAGUAACUGCAUCCCCGAAUGGGAUGGCUUUGUGUGUUGGCCUGAAGGAGUUCCAGGACGAACGGUGUCUGCUUCCUGUCCUGAGUAUGUCUAUGACUUCAACCACAAAGGCCAUGCCUACAGAAAGUGUGAUGUGAAUGGGAGUUGGAAACUCACUGCAGCAAACAAGACGUGGGCAAAUUACAGCGAAUGUGCAAAGUUCCUCUCACCCAAUGACUAUGAGAAGGAAGUGUUCGACAGACUAUACCUCAUCUACACUAUUGGAUACUCCAUCUCAUUCGGCUCACUCCUGGUGGCUGUGGUCAUCCUCGGGUACUUCAGGCGUCUUCACUGUACGAGGAACUUUAUCCACAUGCACCUAUUCGUGUCCUUCAUGCUGCGAGCACUUAGCAUCUUUGUUAAAGACGUUGUACUGUAUUCGGGAUCAAACCUUGAGGAGACUCAACGGAUCACAUUCGAGGAUCUGAAAUCCAUUACUGAGGCUCCGCCCAUUGAGAAGUCCAAGUUUAUCGGCUGUAAGAUCACAGUUACACUCUUCCUGUACUUCCUUGCGACAAAUUAUUACUGGAUCCUGGUGGAAGGCCUUUACCUCCACAGCCUCAUCUUCAUGACCUUCUUCUCUGACAGGAAGUACCUCUGGGGCUUUACUGUCAUUGGCUGGGGCGUCCCUGCAAUGUUCGUUGCUGUUUGGGCGAGUGUUCGGGCGACACUUGCUGACACAGAGUGCUGGGACCUGAGUGCUGGUAAUCUGAAAUGGAUUGUGCAGAUCCCCAUUCUGACAGCCAUCGCGAUUAAUUUCCUGCUCUUCUUGAACAUCAUCCGAGUUUUGGCUACAAAGCUAAGAGAAAGUAACGCGGGUCGCUGUGACAGCAGACAGCAGUACAGGAAGCUGUUGAAGUCGACUCUGGUGUUAAUGCCGCUGUUUGGUGUUCACUACAUCGUGUUCAUGGCGAUGCCGUACACCGAGGUGUCUGGAGUUCCCUGGCAGAUUCAGAUGCACUGCGAGAUGCUCAUUAACUCCUUCCAGGGUUUCUUCGUUGCGAUUAUUUACUGCUUCUGUAACGGAGAGGUCCAGGCGGAGAUUAAGAAGUCAUGGAGUCGGAGGACGCUGGCGUUGGACUUUAAACGUAAAGCACGCAGCGGAAGCAGCACGUACAGCUAUGGCCCGAUGGUUUCUCACACCAGCGUGACUAAUGUGACAUCGCGGCAGCGUGAUGUCAGCAUGAGGCUCACGCCCGCUAACACUAAUGUUAGCACCAAUGGGCAUCGGAACCUUCCGGGCUACGUGAAGAACGGCUCUGUAUCGGACCAGUCCAUCCCUUCAUCUGCUCAGGAACUCCAUGUGCAGGAGGACGAACCGUCCAAGAUGGCGACGGAGGAAAAACCCACUCCAUUAGUUGAGGAGGAGCGGGAAACGGUCAUGUGACCUGUUGAAUGUUACAAAGAACCUCAGGAUCAAUCAGGCUCUCAGAGGAGUUUGCUAGCAUUGUUAAAUAAGCUAACAGCCUAGCGUUUACAGGCUAA